AUGAGGAUAAACUCUUCGUAAGCUGAAAGCAGUUUAUCAAAAUGAAAGCAUUUUCAAAUGCUUUCGUUAUUUAGUACUUACUCUCCAUUUUCAUAAGCUCAAUAUACCUAUUAUCAUAAGCUCAAAUAAACUCUUUCAAACCCCUCUUAGUAUUUACCAUAACUAUUGAAGAGUCAUGCUUUGAUGGAAGAAGAAUCUCUUUUACCAUUUAAUUGAUAUAAAUUUCUUAUGACAGUUAGGACCGCUCUAGUUGCACUGAUUGCGUUCAUGCCCACCAGCCCAAAUGGUGCCUUGGGCUCAUUAGACUACAAAAAAGAAGAUAGGCGUGCCUUAGCCAUUAAAUCUCGUGAAGCAUCUCCAAAAUUUGGGACUCCUGAACGUCAAAAACUGAUUGACGAGAUUCAUGACUAUAUGCUAAGCAAAGCAAACCCGGUUCCUCAACCUAGCCCUUCACAGGCUUCUGAAGAACCCAAAAACGAAGAGACCGAGACUCAAGUUACUCUGCCAAGUCCCGAGGCUUUACCUGCAGGAGAGGGGAUUACAGAUGAAACUGGUGACAGAAUAGUUGAAGAACAAGAAGUUCCUGUCAAUGCUAAUCCUAACCCUGCAGGAGUUGAAGCGACAAAUGAGAUUCCACCCGAAGUAGUCCCAACCAAUCAGUUGCUCCCGAAGUCAGAGGCAAGGGUUCAAAAUAUGAAACUAGAGACAAGAGUUCAAAAACUUAUCUCAAAUGUCCACCAGUUGCAAGCUUCAAAAGAUUCAACCUCUCCACAUUGGUUAUCUCAACACCAGGAAUGUUCCUGA